AUGGGAAGUAGUGAGGGUCAAGUAACACAUGUUCUACUGGUAGCACUACCAUUCCAAGGUCAUCUCAAUCCAAUGCUCAAAUUCGCCAAACAUCUCUCACGACCAAACCUCCACUUCACUCUCGCCACCACCGAGCAAGCCCGUGACCCCCUCUCCGCCGCAGCUGCCGCAGACGAAAACCGUAGCCCCGUGGACCUCGUUUUCUUCCCGGACGGUCUGCCUAAAGACGAUCCAAGAGUCGAGGCUUCCAUCAUAGCGUCAUUGAGGAUCUUCGGCCCCAAGAACUUGUCGAAAAUCGUCGAAUCGAAGAAAUUCGAUUGCCUCAUCACCGUACCGUUUGCUCCAUGGGCUCCAGGUGUUGCAGCUGCGUACAACAUCCCUUGUGCAAUCCUCUGGAUCCAAGCUUGUGGAGCUUACUCUGUCUACUACCGUUACUUCAAGAAAACGAACACUUUCCCUGAAGACCUCGAAGAUCUCAAUCAAACGGUGAAGUUACCAGCUUUACCAUUGUUGGAAGUGAGAGAUCUCCCUUCGUUUAUCUUACCUUCUUCCGGAAGUCAUCUCAUUAACCUAAUGGUAGACUUCGCCGAUUGCUUGAAGUAUGCGAAAUGGGUUUUGGUUAAUACGUUUUACGAGCUCGAACCGGAGAUGAUCGAUUCGAUGUCUGGAUUCAAACCGGAUAUAAUCCCAAUCGGUCCUCUGGUUUCUCCGUUUCUGUUGGGAGCUGAUCAGGACGGAACCCUAGAUGGGGAAAAUCUUGAUAUGUGGAAAGCUGAUGGUUACUGUAUGGAGUGGCUUGACAAGCAAGCUAGGUCAUCGGUUGUUUACAUUUCUUUCGGAAGUAUUCUUAAAUCGUCGGAGACGCAAGUCGAGAGCAUAGCGACGGCUUUGAAAAACAGAGGAGUUUCAUUUCUCUGGGUGAUUAGGCCUAAGGAGAUAGGCGAAAACGUCGACGUUUUGCAGGAGAUGGUCCGGGAAGGACAAGGGGUUGUCAUUGAGUGGGGUCCGCAGGAGAGGAUAUUGAGCCACGUGGCGAUCUCUUGCUUCGUCACUCACUGUGGAUGGAACUCGACGACCGAGACUGUGACGACUGGUGUUCCGGUGGUGGCGUACCCGAAUUGGAUUGAUCAGCCGCUUGAUGCGGUAUUGCUUGUUGAUGUGUUUGGAAUCGGAGUGAGGAUGAAGAACGACGCCGUCGACGGUGAGCUUAAGGUUGAAGAGGUAGAGAGAUGCAUUGAUGCGGUGACGGUAGGACCCGCCGCCGCGGAAAUGAGGAAGAGAGCGACGGAGCUGAAGCACGCGGCGAGAUCGGCGAUGGCGCCUGGUGGUUCAUCUGCUCGGAAUCUGGACUCGUUCAUCGGCGAAAUCACCACAAUCAACUGA